UGCGGAGCUCGAGCGCUGGCAGUUACCGUGAGAACUGCAGUGGUGACACCGAGCUCUACUACCAGUGGACGAGCUAGCCAACAGAGCUGCACCGAAAUAGCUUGCUCGAGGGGAGACGUGCCCGAGCAUGUCCGUUAACACACGCGCUGUAGUUUCUGCUGGAUGUACCUGAGCGAGAGGACAAACAGUUCUCCGUUUUCAUGAGAAGAAACUUAACUUGGAUUCUCCCUGGAUUUUAUUGGAAGGCAGCGAACGCGCGCGUUUAACUGAUAAAUACAACCAUGGGGUUCUACGGCACUUUGAAGCUGAUCUUCUACAAAAUGAAGAGGAAAAUGGACCAUGGUCCUGAUGGAAGACCAUUCCCUUCAGGGAAGAAACACUGUAAAGACCUGCGCCCAUACCAGGCUACGCCCACCACAUUUGGAGACCUUAGAUUAGCCAAUGGGCUCUCAGCUCAGCGCCGACGAGUCACCUCAGGCCCGCCACCUUCUGGGCUCCAGGACUGGCUCCACACCUUCCAGGCCUGGAGUGGCCCUGAAAGGCUAUUGGCUCUGGAUGAGUUGAUUGACAGCUGUGAGACCAAUCAGGUGAAGCACAUGAUGCAGGUCAUGGAGCCACAGUUCCAGAGAGACUUUAUCUCACUGCUACCCAAGGAGCUGGCCCUGUACGUGCUGUCCUUCCUGGACCCCAGGGCUCUGGUCCAGGCUGCUCAGACCUGCCGCUGCUGGAGGCAGCUGGCCGAGGACAACCUGCUGUGGAGGGAGAAGUGCAGGGAGGAGGGUAUAGAUGAAGCCGUGUCUCUCCAGAGGAGGAGGAAGGGGGGGGAGGGGAGUCCCUGGAAGAGUGCCUACGUCAGACAGCACUGCAUCGAGGCCAGCUGGAGGACUGGGGACGUGCUCUCCCCUAAGGUGUUGAAGGGUCAUGAUGGUCAUGUGAUCACCUGUCUCCAGGUCAGUGACAGUGUGAUUGUCAGCGGCUCUGAUGACAACACCCUCAAAGUCUGGUGUGCCGACACAGGCCAGUGUGUUCGUACGUUGGAGGGCCACUCCGGGGGGGUGUGGUGUUCCCAGAUGGGCGGGGCCCUGCUGGUGAGCGGCUCCACUGAUAGGACGCUGCGUGUUUGGGACGUCUCCAGCGGGGAGUGUUUGCACACGCUGCUCGGACACACCUCCACCGUGCGCUGCUUGCACCUGCACCAGGACACGGUGGUGAGUGGCUCCAGGGACGCCUCCCUCCGCAUGUGGGACAUCCAAUCAGGACGCUGCCUGCACGUGUUGCUAGGACACCAGGCGGCUGUGCGGUGCGUCCAGUACGACGGGCGCAAGGUGGUCAGCGGGGGGUACGACUCUGUGGUGAAGAUCUGGGACCCAGACACAGAGACCUGCACACACACCCUGGAGGGACACACCAACAGGGUCUACUCCCUGCAGUUUGACGGUGUGUUCGUGGUGAGCGGCUCCCUGGACACGUCCGUGCGGGUCUGGGACGCGGAGAGUGGAAGGUGUGUCCACACGCUGACCGGGCACCAGUCCCUGACCAGCGGCAUGGAGCUGAGGGGCCGGCUGCUGGUGUCGGGGAAUGCAGACUCAACCAUCAGGGUCUGGGACGUCCGGACCGGGCGCUGCAUACACACCCUGCAGGGUCCUAACAAACACCAGAGCGCGGUCACAUGUCUGCAGUUCUGUCGCUCUCUGCUCCUCUCCUCCUCUGACGAUGGCACCGUCAAGCUGUGGGACCUGGCCACGGGGGCGUGGCUUCGCGACCUGGUGACCCUGCCUCGCCGGGGGGAGGGGGGCGUGGUGUGGAGGAUCCGGGCGUCCGACACCAGGCUGGUGUGUGCAGCGGGGAGCCGCAACGGGAGCGAGGACACCAAGAUCAUGGUGCUGGACUUCCCCCUGGGCCAGUGAGGAUGACAUCAUCACUCAGGGACGAGGAGCACCAAGAUCAUGGUGCUGUACUUCCCCCUGGGCCAGUGAGGAUGACGUCAUCACUGAGGGACGAGGAGCAUUUUGAGGCGGUCGGAGAUGAGGGAGGAUGGAGGGAUGAAGGAGGAGGUGUAGAAUGAGAGAUGUGAGGAUGUGAGAGUUCUUUGCUAGACUUGGUGAUGUUCUCAUCUGGACACACACCCCCUCCCCCCUGCCCCCCUCCCCCAACAAUGACACAUGAGAGAUGAGACCCCACCUCCCCCUGUCUCCCCCUGUCUCCCCCGUCUCCCCCUGUCUCCCCCCCCAGCCCCCCAGCCCAGAGAGACCUCUGUGACAGGUUGUAGAUAGUGUACAUAGAGAUGAUGUAAAUACUGAUGAUUUUAUAUAGGAGAGAUAUAUAUACGGUCUGGAUGAGAUGAGGAAGAGAGGAGGGGGGGGCAGGGGAGGAAGAGGGGAGGA